AAAAAACCCAAGUUAUAACACAAUCAGAAUCACCCCAGCUAAAGCAAAACUCUGUGUUCUUCCUCGGCGGAAAAUCUUGUAACGAAAUCAAAUUUUAAAAUCAAAACCCUAAUUAUAGAAAUUCUUCUAAAGUAAAUUUUAGAAGCAAGCUUUAAUGGCGGCAGAAGAAGAUUCAAUUGAACAAGCAGCAGCAGAGAGGAGAGAGAGAUUGAGAGCUCUUAGAGCAGCUCAAGAGCUUUUCGAAACCCCAGAUGAAGAUUCGUCUCAGCCCAAAAUCAAUUCUGAGGAUGGAGAUGCUGAUAACAAUGAAGACAGUGGUCUUAACUUGAAAUUCCGAAAUUACCUUCCUCAUGACAAACAUCUACAAGAGGGUAAACUUGCUGCACCAGAACUACCAAAAUUUGAGGAUCCUGUUGCUGGGGCUCCUCCGCCAGAAGAAAAAGAGGAUCCUUUUCUGAACAUUGCACCGAAAAAACCCAAUUGGGACCUCCGGAGGGAUGUGCAGAAGAAGCUAGAUAAACUAGAAAAACGGACACAAAAGGCAUUGCAUAAGCUGAUGUUGGAACAUGAAAAGCAGAGGCAAUUGGAGGAGGGAAAUGCAGCUGCUGAAGAAUGAAGUCCCCCAAUCGACACCUGAUCUUUCGACCUUUUGGUAUGGAGACUAGCCGAGAUGCUAUUACUGUUAAAACUGAGUCCAGCAGAAACCCUUUCUAUGUAAAUGGUAAAUUGCAGCUGAGACUUGCUGACUGUCUUCAUAAAUCUUUCUACUCUAGGUAUUUAGUAAAUCAAAGAAAGGUUGGCUUCUUUAGACACUUCUGAAGCAUCAAGUUGUACUGUUGAGAAGAUUAUGCUUAGUAUGAUUAUCUAUUUGAUGCUAUAAGAAUUGUCAUAGGAACUGCACCUUUUUUGGCUUUUUUAGAGAGUAAAAUCUUGCUGUAAAGAUCAUCUUAUUCAUGUGACACUUAACUUUCAAUUACUUCUAAAUUUUAAUUUCCAAUUGUUAUCAAA